AUGGAGUCCAUGAAGUUUUACUUUGUGGGGUUUGUUCUGAUUUACAUACUCUUUGCUUUGAUCAAAGUUCUUCACAUAAUAUGGUGGAAACCAAUGCGGAUUCAACAUAGACUGGAAUCACAAGGCAUCAAAGGCCCUCCUCGUAGUAUCCUUCAUGGCAGCCCCAGAGAAUUGCUAAAGAAGAAAGAGAACACCACCAACUUAUCACAUGACAUAUUUCCAGAUAUGACCCCAGCAAUGGUUGAAAGUGUUGAGAUGAUGCUGAGAAGGUGGAGAGAUUAUGAUGGCAAGGAAAUUGAUGUCAGUGAAGAGUUCAUGUUGUUAACUGCAGAGGUCAUCUCUAGGACUGCAUUUGGAAGUAGUUAUGUGGAGGGUGAACAAAUAUUUAACAUGAUGAAAAGGCUGGGGAUUUUAACUGGCAAGAUUGCAUACAAACUUAAGCCUCCAUUCAUCAGGAAGUUUUUCAAAGACGGAGAUGAUAUAGAAUCGGAUAAACUUGAGAAAGGAAUUCAAGAUUCCAUUGUAGAAAUUGUGAAGAAAAGGGAGAAAGGGAAAAAGGGGGAUGAUAAGCAAAGCUUUGGAGAAGAUUUUCUUGGAUUACUUCUAAAAGCUCAUUAUGAUUGUAGUAGUGAAAAUGAUAACAUAUCUAUUGAAGAAAUAAUCGAUGAGUGCAAGACAUUUUAUGGGAAGAGGUGA